GUCCAUCAAGCCAUGGAAAAUUGCCGUUCUAACCGGACGUUUUCCAUUGUGGCGUUUCUUUUGCAGCCACCAAGCCAACAACGUAUGCCAAGUAUAUUUUAACGGUAUUUACACCACAUUGUACAUGGGCGGGGAAAGAGGCGCGAUCAGGCUGUCGAUCUGGUGGGGAAGCCACUAAAACCAGGGUAGCUCGCACUCCCCCAGCUCUUCUGUGAGCUCACUGCUCUUGCACACCACUUUGCUGUUACAAGCCUAUCAAGAUUGAAGAAGCUUCGAAUACUUUGAUAAAGGAUCCAACAUGGCUGAGGAAAAAUCAGAACAAGUUUUGAGAGCGUCUGGAGGCGAACCUACGCCAGGAAACACCACGACGUACAUUCGUCCACAAGCACGCAAGCUUCACGACCCUGAUGUGAGCUUUGAGGAAUACCAUUUCUAUGCUGAAAAGACCAGAAAAGAACAAGAUGGCUUGAUACCGCCCAAAUCGCAGUGGUUGAGACUGCUCGGUGGAAAGAAGAGCGCCAACGAUGAGCCCGAUUUGCACCAGGCUGCUGUCAAUCUCGCCGACCCUAAGCUGAGGCUUACCGUUACGGAUGAGGAGUGGACAAACGCGAGUCGAGCUUUUCGUACCGCCUCCUGGGGUGCUUCUUUUUAUUUGAUCACAACCGACGUCCUGGGACCGUACGCUGUCCCCUUCGCCAUUGGAACACUUGGCUACGGCCCCGGCGUGGCUCUAUUUACCGUCUUUGGUUUUCUUGCAGGAUAUAGCGGCUAUCUCUUGUGGCGUGUAUACCUCGGCGUCGACUCGUUCGAAUUUCCUGUCAGAAACUAUGGUGAUAUACCCUUUCGAGUUUGCGGCCCCAUCACCCGCCACAUCACCAACUUCAUCCAGGCCCUCUCCCUGCUUCUGCUCCUUGGUCAAGUUGUGAUUCUAUUUGGUCAAAAUAUCUCUCAGAUGUCCAAGUUCAAACUAUGCUACGCGGUGUGCCCACUGCUCUUUGUUAUUGCAGGGUUCAUUCUGACCCAAGUUCGAACGCUCAAGUCAUAUGGCUGGUUUGCGUCUCUCGCUGUUUGGCUAAAUCUGCUUGUCAUCUUCAUCACCAUGGGAGUCAUGGCCAAUUCUCCACCCAAUUAUUCCGUUGCAACGCUAGGAUCGGCAGGGAGCGCCGUCGACAUCGAUUCUAUUACGCCAGACAAGGAUGGAGUAUAUCCGCCCAUCUUUCACUACGCUGGACUUCCUGCGGAGAACCUGGUUGGUUCCAUCAACGGGUUACUAUCCGGCGUUCUGGCAUAUUCUGGUCUCCAGCUGUUCGUAGAGUUUAUGGCUGAAAUGAGACGACCCCGGGAUUUCCUCAAGGCUCUUUGGACCGCUCAGCUCUUCAUCUACGUAGUAUAUGUCGUGUAUGGUUGCUACGUCUAUCAUUUCCAAGGACAGUACAGCUUCAACCCGAGCUUCCAAGGUGUAUCCACCUACGGCUGGCAAACCGUCGGCAACAGCAUAUCACUAAUUUCAGGUCUGAUUGCCGCUGGUCUAUAUGGCAACAUUGGUAUCAAAGUGUUCUACAACAACGUGCUCAUGGACGUGUUCAAAGCCCCUCCACUUACGGCUAAGCCUGGCAAGCUGUUUUACGCCGCUCUCGUGCCAGUGUGGUGGAGUACCGCCUUUGUUAUUGCGGCUGCCAUUCCGGACUACUUUGGGUUUAUCUCAGUCAUCUCAGCCUCUACGCUUCUCAACUUGACUUACACUCUCCCGCCAUUGUUUGCCCUUGCCUACGAUAUCCGGCGCUGUGCCAUGCAAAUUGACCAGGGCGAAGGUUUCGAUGGAAACACCGGUAUUGUCACGAGGAACGUCACUGGAGUACGACGGUUUGUGCGUGGAUUCUUAUCUGGUGGGAUAUGGCAAAUAGCCCUAAAUGUUUGGCAUUUGAUAUACUUCCUGGCAUCUUUGGCCAUGUGUGUACUUGGCAUGUACGCAGCUGUCGACGGCAUGGUUGAAGCCUUUAAGAACCCACAGCUUAAUUCUUUCUCUUGCGUCUCACCACUCAAUCUUGCGGCGCAGACGUCUUCUUAAUUGAGUAUUCUGGAUCUGUCCUGUGAGAGUCGAGAUGUUUACUUAGUAUGAAGGAAUGGUUUCCUUGUGCGUCCAAUGUAGAAUUAGCAGAUAGUAAUGGAUAUGAAUAGCCACUGAAAUUUUAGCAAGUUU